AUGUCUUAAACCGAAUUGAUCAACACUAAUGAAUCAAGAGACUCUUAAACCUUACUCAUAAAACCUAUACUGAAAUCAUCUUAAUAGAAAAUAAACCAAGCACUCCCAAGAUUGGAUUGGGCUGGGAAUGAAAUAAUGAAAGGAGGAUCUCAUAAAAUUGCCUUUGCUAGUUAAUAGACCACACCAAGAACUUUCAUGGACAUUCUGUCAGAAGAACAAUAUAAUUAAGACAAUUAAGUUGAUGAAGAUUAUAAUGAAAUGUUGAACUGUUAAAAAGUAAAGAACAAGACUAAAUUUCAACCAGAACUAAGCGAAUAGUCUAAUUGCUGUUUUAUUUAUUGA